CGAGUCCUCCUCAUAUGGGCUAGGGGAGCGAUUUAUCGUCUCGGGUAUGCACGGCGAAACCAAUGUCCAUGCAGCAUGGAACUCGUCAAGGUCAGCUUGUUCGACCCGUCCCGAUCGAGAAACGGAUAUGAUAAGGCGAAGUAUGGCAUUUUCCAACACCUUCUCCGGAUCGGUGGUUCGAGAGAAUCCUCCAUCCAACACAGCAUAAGUCAACAACGUGUUGAUGGUAGGGAGCGUGGUCGGUUUCGCGAGACCCGUGUCAAGAAGCAACACGAGCGGGGAGACCAAAACCGCCAUAACGAGCGGAGCAACGUGAGAAGAACGUUGGUUAGCGAGGAAAUAAUGAUUUCGAAAAAACUUCAACAUGCCCGACUCCCUCAUCCCAUUCACGGCAGCAGCGCAAAAAUAAAUAUUGCUGAAUAAUCGGUAUUGCGCAGUAGUGACAUCCAGUUGCAAAGCGAAACGAAUCAGCUCUUGCGGGGUGGGAUUUGGCAGGUUAUCGGAUUGGAAGGGAUUUUGAAGCUUGAAAAAGUCGGGGAAGGAUCGCAAUUCAACCAACCGACCCGGAAUAUUUCCCACCCAAUACUCAAUAUCUCGCCUUAUCUUGCUGGCAGGCCCGGAAGAAAUUGUUCCUGAAAGAUCCAUGGCCGGCUGCUCCAUCACCGUCCAAUUGAGUCGAAUCAUAAA